AAUGUCAGCCCCAGCCGCGGCUUGGUAGUCCUCGCUGCAGGUUGUUAAGACACGCAGUGUGAAGGGAGCCCCGCUGGGAGUCGCGCGCGCCUGAAGAAGAAAAAAGAAAAAUUAUUUUAUUUUGUUACGGCACGGUUGGUGGGGUGGUGGUGGACGACGACGGCCUGUGUGUGUGCUUGCCGCGCGCAGGCGUCGACGACGACGACGAGCGCGACCAUGGGAUGGACUAAGCGGCGCCGAGCCGGGCCGUCCAAGAAGGAGUUACUCGUCUUGUCACUGCUACCAUUCCUCCUGCUGGUUGCGACCGCGAACGCCUACGAAAUAGAAGAAAGUUCGUCGUCGUCCGAGUCCACAGAAGAAUAUGAACAGACAGACUCUUACCCGCCGGUAGAGCAAGGAAGGUCCAGCGCCUCAGAUGUCUGCGAAGAAGAGGUACAGAAGUGGAUGUGCAUUGACCUGGUGAACAGCGACAGCGCAGUGGUCUCAGGGCCGCGAGUGACAGACUUCCCCACAGUGCCGGACGUCAAGUACGAGAAGCUCAGCCAGACCAUUGCCAGGGUCACUCACGUUUAUUCCGAAGGCUAUGAGCUGAUGGUUCCCCCAAACGCGACAAUACAGGUUACGUGCUCCCAAGUCAAAGUUCAAAGUCCCACGUUCAACUGCUCUCACGACUACCUUAUGAUCAACAGUGCAAGGUUCUGCAACAACAACUUUCCUCAGGCACCGUUCACGUUCACGUCUGGCAACCCUGGAUCUCAGGAGAGCAUGAUUGUGCUCAAAACGGCCAAUCCGCAGCGUGCAGCUUACAGCUGUCAGCUCCAAGUGGUCAGAAGGUACCCAAAGCGGGUCAUUGACCUGAUAAAGCAUGUGGAGUUUACGCUGGACGUCAGCGGAAAGGCUUACCGCCAGGAGACAGACUUUGUUAUUCUGGCUCCCAAGAAAUCCUUCGUUGUCAUGAGCUGUCCCGUGUUCGAAGUGAGUGACUACUGGCCCUGCAAACAGAGCUACGUUACAGUCGACCUGCAAAAGUACUGCCACUUCCCCACGGCGCACAAAGUGGAAAUUGAGAUUCCUCCAACGGGCACGGCGGCCAUUGCGGUCAAGCUGGCCUCGUCACCUAACGAUCGAGUGCAGUGUGUCCUGCACCGGAUAGCAGGCAAGAAGACUGCUUGCGUCGAAUCGCCCAACACACCGACGUACGUGGGAGCUCCGGAGCAGAGAGCUCAAAUCUGCGUCAACAUGGUGGCCAGUCCCAUAGUUAAGAUCGUCUCACCGUUCAGAGAUGAAAUGGAGACAGAGAUGGACAUGACCGUCCGGUACGAAGUCAUGAGUGUGCCGCACAUGGUCCACUACCUGUGGUGCAACGACUUCAGACUGGACACCGACUGUUCCAAGGAGAGGCUGCAUUGGUUUAACUACAACGACAGGUUGUGCGGCCACUCGCGGCCUCGUGACUUCACAUACUCUUACGGGCAUGUGAAAGAGAAGGCCACGUACAGCCUGACGUAUAAGAAGCAACGCGGCGUUCGCCAGGGACAUUUCUCGUGCUUCCUCUACCGGGAGCCCCAGUCCAAAGGUACAUACACAUUGGACUUGUUCUCCAAGAAUUCCGCCACCAUUGAAAAGCACGCCUCGAAGAGGAUAUUCCCCCACGAUUCGCAAGUCAUCACCUACUACGUCCUGGCGCCACCGGACUCCGAGGUCGUCGUCACCUGUUCGGCUUUCAACAUCCAGUCGGGUGCCGACUGCUCCAACAGCUACUUGAAGAUAAACGAUCGACAAUACUGCGACAGCAACGUGCCCGGGAGGCAGCGGCUCGAGCUGACCUACAACUACGCCGUUGUUACAUUCCGAGACGGCAAGGACGCCAGUAACUCAUUCAGCUGCACUUUCGAACGAGGCAGCAGUACAGACAAGUGCGCCUUCGAGAGGAAACAUCCAACAACGACGCUGUCGCCAUGGGAGACCAUAGCAACCACGGAAGUUUCGGUGACCGAAACCCCGUUCUCCGAGGAAGGGGUGACCACUGUACCCUCGGCCACCACCCUCAUCACGCCGUUCACUGAAGAAGCAACGGUUCCUUGGCACAACGUUGGUUCCACCACCCUGCGCACCCUGAAAUAUACUCCUAGCGCCACUCCAGAAGAGGGUGCAACAUUUUCUGAAACACCGUUCCCGGGAGCUUCGACCGAGUACCCUACAGAGUCUCCGUUGUUUCCGCAACAGCAGGCCACGGGUUCCUCUCUGCCAGUCGCUUCCAUAGCAGCAACAACUGAAGUUGGAAUACCACCCGAAGCAGCGUCACCGUCCACAGGCCUAGUACCGACAAUAUCACAAAGUGUUUCACCGGCGCAACUACCUAGUGCGACGUCGCUACCACACGAAGAGGCCUCUCAUACAUUUUCGCCUGAAGUGUCCGGUAUCCCAACUACGCAAGCCUCUUCGCCCCAUGGCGCGUCAUUUACACCGAACGAAGCUGUUCCGUCGCGUCCAUUCGGCAUCUCAGUGCCGGAGGCAUUCCCAACUGGCGCGUCCGUUUUCCCAACAACCCAAAUGUCGUUGCCAUCUGGCGUGCAGAGUGAACCUAGCGCUUUCAUGCCUACAAUGUCAAACGCCGCUACAGCACCCGAAACAAUCACCACGGCUACACCGUUCGGAAUUUCCGUAGUGCCAACGACAGAAGUUUCAAUGCCAACUGGCGCUUCAGGUAAACCGAAUUUUAUUCCUUCAGUUUCCAUGGGUUCUUCCCUGUCGGACACAGUAAGUGCCUUUCCAGCCUUGGUAACACAGAAAGGAAUUCCCGCCACAGCGCUACCCGGCGUAUCCUUUAUUCCGACAGGUUCAGUGUCAUUCCCUUCCAGCAUGUUUAGCCAACCAGCCACAGGGAUUCCCUCGGUUACAGGGGGACUUUCGGUGCCAGUAAUGAUGACAGGCACGCCAGCAUCUUUUACUCAUGGAGAAGUCAACACUUCGUAUCCACCAGGACUGUCCGUCGCACCGACCACUGAAGUUUCUUUCCCUUCUGGCGUAUCAAGGGAGCCGAGCCUCAUUGUUCCAUCAGUAUCAAUGGGAAUUUCAGUGCCAGAAAGAACUGGCACUCCACCAUCCGUCGGUCAGAAAGAAAGUACCGCGACAAUACCAUCUGGUAUGUCCACUGUCCCUACAAGUGAAACAUCUGUUCCUUCUUUUAGGCCUGGUCCAUCGACGAGUUUCGUGCCUACUUUCUCACCAGGUGCAUCUUUUCCGGGUACCUUCCCUGUCAGCCCACAACCUACAGAUACAGAAGGUUCAGAUAUAAUACCGUCAGCCGGCUCCGUAACACCUACAACUAAGGUAUCGGCCGGCAUUUCUGCGGUAAACACCGGCCUUGACACACUGCCAACAUACCCUCAGAAAGAAAUGACGACCCCAUUCUUCUCAGGCCCCUCAGGCUUACCAACAACAGAAGUAUCACUACCAUCUGGUGCCCCGGGUCAACCAACGGCUGUUGUGCCUUCAGUAUCACAGGGCGUGUCUGUGCCUGAGACACAAACAGGUAGUCAACCGUCUUUCGCCUAUGGAGAAAUAACGACUCCGUUCCCGUCAGGUCCUUCAGGCAUGCCAAACACGGAGGUACCAACAUUAUCUGGUGUUCCAGGUCAGCCUACAGCUAUUGUUCCCUCUGUAUCAGUAGGCGUCUCGGUGCCAGAGACAGAAGCUAGUCAUCCAUCGGGUUUCCCCCAGGAAGGACUCACGACGCCCUUCCCGACAGGUCCCUCAGGCUUACCAACCACGGAAGUACCAAUACCAUCUGGUGUUCCAGGUGGGCCGACUGCUGCUGUUCCUUCAGUAUCAGUAGGUGUCUCUGUGCCAAAGACUCAGACUGGUAGUCAACCAUCCUUCCCCCAAGAAUUCACGACUCCAUUCUCGUCAGGUACAUCACUCUUUACAACCACUGAGAAGCCAAUGCCAUCUAGUGUCCCUGGCCAGCCAACUGCUGUUGUUCCCUCGGUGUCAGUCGGCGUAUCUGUGCCCGAGACGUCGACUACCAACCCAGAGGCUUUCCCCAAUUCCGAAUUUACGGCUCCAUUCCCGUCAGCUUCAUCGGUUAUUCCAACUACAGAGACAUCAAUACCAUCUGGUGUUCCAGGUCAGCCGUCCGAAGUCAUGCCCUCGAUAUCAGUCGGUGUAUCAGUACCCGGAAUCUCGACUGCUAGUCCUGAGUCUAUUCCUCAAUCGGAAUUCACGACUUCAUUCCCGUCCGGUCCAUCAGUCAUUCCAAGUGCUGAGAAACCAUCUGUCCCCGUUGGUGUUUCUGGGCCCCAAGCAGAAACGACAAAUCCCCCUUUUGGUACUCCCGGACUCACUCCAAUAUUGCCAUCAGAAGCCUUCACUGUUCCGACGCCACAGAUGUCGCCUUCUGGAGCACCGGGCCAACCAAUGUUGCCUUCGGGCGUUUCUGCUUUUCCAACAACAGAGGUGCCGUUUUACUCGGGUGCCUCCAGUGAACCAUCGACAGUUCCUCCCUCAGUAUCAUUGGGCGUGUCCAUCCCUGAAGGAGUGACUUCCACACAACCAACGUUUGCUGAAGAAGGCGUGAGUGGAACCGGUGCAUCUUUCCCGACAACAGAGCUUUCUGUACCAUCCAAUGCACCAUUUAAGUCAACCUUGCUUCCUCCUAUAUCAGGAGGUCCAGUAGUGACAGGAACGUUACCUUCUGCUAUGUCUGUCGUACCGACCAGUGAAGUGUCUUUGCCACGCGGUGGGCCUGGCGAGCCGACGGCAAUCAUUCCUUCAGCCACCGUUGGUGUUUCCCUGCCCGAGGCAUCAUUUUCUCCAGGAGAAUACAGCUCUACAUUUCCGUCAGGAGGCCCUGCUGUGCCUACAACUGAGGUAUCAUUGCCAUCUGGUAUAACGGGAUUGCCAAGUGUCGCGGUUCCGUCAUUUUCAGUGGGCGUCUCAAUGCCAGAAACAGCAACCUCUACUGCUGGGCCGCUUACUGUUGAAACCCGUACUUUACCAAGUGGGUUCCCAGUAUCUGAGACAAUGCCAGGAACGCCUGCGCCAUGGCCAUCAUCGUUCCCACAUGGUACUCCCGGUGCUCCAACAACUCCUGCAACAGUUCCUUUCGGUUCACCUUCUAUUUCUAGUGGACCUCCGCCCUCACUACCUGAGGGAAUAAGUGUUGAAUCUGAGACCGGAACUCCUGCUCCAUCAGAAGAACUACAUGAGACUACUCAACCCUUUAUUCCUUCCGCAGUGCCCACAACUAACUUGGGUUUUCCAUCUGGUCUUCCUCGCACACCUGUAAGCGAGGUCCCAGAGGCAUCAGUUAGUGUUUCAGUGCCUCCUGGAUUUGUUCCUACCAUAGCUACAGCAACAGCGCCAUCGUUUUAUGGAACGAAGGUCGCCAAUGAUUUCACUUCCACUCCAAUGCCGUACCAGACGGGUGGUGUAACGGGGCCCGAAGAACCUAUCAGCACAACCCUUCCACCCAGUUUGAUUACUCCAGAGACUGAAGAAAUCAGGAUUCUGUUGAUGAUCAUAAGAACUGAUUUGAAGACAUAUAAAGUUAAUGCCACUGUACUCCACACUUUCUUGAUCAAAGCUACAACGAUAGGAAGCCAUGACGCUUAUACCAUCAUUCUCCUUGCUUUAAAAGACAUAAAGGUAUCAUGCAAAUACUUGGCUCCUGCGGAGAGGAUUAAGGUCGCCUAUGAAAUUGCCCAUUACCUGAAAUCGCAUGGAACCAGAAUAGCUCACGACGUCGUUGUGAAGGCCGUCGGUGUCUUCCUUUGUGCCGUCGACCACAAAGACAUAAUCACAAAGCUCCUCUCUGAAAACACUUACAUGAUAUCUAUCUCCGAAAGCGUAGCGAGUGAGCUAUCAUGCCCCGACAUGGAACACUUGAUACACCUCCUCUACGCGGACCGAAACAGGACAAAGGUUGAAGAGUCUCCAUGUGCUGGCAUCCUCUGUGAAGAGGUUCCUGAGAAUGUGAUGGACACGAUCGACAUGCUCGUCGACAGGUACUUCCCUCAAAAGGCCCAUGAAAAGAAGUGGCUGAUGCUGGAUAUCGCAAAAGCGCUUAACUUGCAGCCCGAAGAGGACGAAGAAGGCGAUGAAAUGGUCUACUACAAGAUGGGCGAUUACGAUGUCUUUUUAGAAGAGCUACGUGAACCGACGAUUUCAGACGAGGAGAAGGCCCUGCUUUUCGGGAAGUUUUUCGCCGAGGUGCGCAAGGUCGCCAAGGCUGAGCGCAAGCUCAGGCUUGACGACCUGGAAGAAGUCUGGAAAAUGGGUGGCGGCAAGCUGCCACAACCCGCAGUGAGAUCGUUCAUAGCACUUUUGAAACUUGUCCACAGCAAGAGAAUCUCGCUGAAGACCGAAGAAAGGAUCCGUCUGCUCAAGCUUGCUCUCAAGUGCGACGGUCACGAGUGUACAAAGCUCAGCUCCAGCGAUAUCCACAACCUCAUAUUUGCACUAUGCAACGUCGGAAUCCGGGACGGUUUUGGCCUUCCAAAGGACCUGAAGAGCCAAGUCACAAAGUUCAUACUGACCCUCAAGGACAAUUACAUCGAUUCAAUAUCAAUACGAAGGUGGAAACGGAGUUCUAGUCUGCUCAAACCCAAAUCGCAUGACUAUCUUUCGGCCAGCUCCCCGUCUGAACUGCGAUACCUAAAAGACUGGCUCCAGAAGCCUAUGUCCUUUAACGACAACAAAGGGCUCCUCAAGAACACGGGACGCUCUAACGACGACCCCUCUGGUAGCAAGAAAUCUGUCCUGUCGCAACUUUACAAUGCCUACGUAAACGAAAAAAGGCCGGACAUCAAGACGGUGCUCGCUGAGCGGUUGCUUGACACGUACAACACUUCUUUCAAGCACCUCGGUGCUGAAACGGAAGACACGGAAAAGUUUGUGCUGUCCGUGGUACAGCAGCUGCCGUCGACGGCAUCCAGGCACAACGACUUGGUUUUGGGCAUUCUAGAGCAGUGCAUUCGGCGCGGUGAUCCGUGUCUAAACAUCAGUAGCAGUGAGAGCAUAGCGCCCCUUAAGGUAAUUAUGCAAAACAUGUCUCUCAAGCAGAGUCCCAAUUUUGUGCGGACCCUAAGUCGCGACCUUUUCGCCGCGGCAAAGAAGGCAAGGACGCAUGUAGACUUGUCUUGGCUAACGGACAACGGCUCUGCGCGUAAAAUCUCUCAGACGACAGUACCACAAGCACUUCAAGUAUCGUCGAGAGCUUCAACAUCGUCCUGAAACAAAAGUCUAAAAUUAGUGCGACCUAAAACCAUUCUUCUAAUCCCGCGACAAAAUGAAUUUGUCGCUAACCUUCUUCGCUUGUUUGUUAUUGUAAUAAAUUAGCCCGGCGUUAAUUUUUUUUCAUCGUUGUCUAACUUUUGUUCCCGCACGUCACCUGUGACGUGUUUUGUACAGACCGGUAGAUAUAACACGAUUGGUUAAAGUACAGCAAAUAAAAAAGGUGGCACCGAUACCUGCCAGUCCACUAG